GGCCUCGCCCGGAUGGAGCGCUUCGAGGAGGGGCUGGUGGCGGCACUCAAGGACGCGGUGCGCGGCUUGGGCUGGCAGCGCGCGGGGCCCGCGGGGCGACUCGCCGCCCAGCGCUGCACCAAGUAAAAUCAUCAAGUGUUCCCUAGAGAACCGUGAAGAACUAUACCAAAUUCACAUUUUCGUUAAAUUACCCAAUUGCAUCACACCGCAUUUGAGGAAACAGCUCUCGGUUCACACAUGGAUCACCGAGCACGGCUGCUGAGAGCCUUGACAGCGUUCCCCCUGGAGCAGUUUGUCACUUUCGGGGAGCGUCUCUUUCUUUUCCUUGAGCAACUCUUGGAUGUGGAGGAGUUCGAUGGGUGGUCCCGCUUGAGGAGGAGAGCUGUGAUGCACCAGUACAGCCUGCUCCGUGCCCGGUUCCCCAUGGUUCCACGCACCGUGGUGCCCGUGCGGCAGCCCCGCCGCAUGUGGAUGCGCGUCCGCACCUCCACCUGGUGGGAGCAGACAUCUUCCGGCAGCGACGAAUGGAUGAAGUAUUUUCGGGUGAGCAGGUCCAUGUUCCACCGCAUCGUGGAGAUGGUGCGCUCAGAGAUGGAGCCGCCAGCUUUACAGGUGCGCAGCCCGGUCCCGUUGGAGAAGAGGGUCGGGAUUGCCUUGUACAAGUUGGCAAGCUACGAUAAGUACAAGGAGGUGGGGAAUAUGUUUGCUGUUCACCGAAGCACCGUCCACAAGUACUUGUACAAAUUCUGCCGGGUUAUGGUGGAGCUCCAUUUGCAGAACCAAAUUGCUCUGCCGAAUGAGCAUGAAGGUCGCCGCAUUGCUCGGGGCUUCCGGGAAAGAUUCUCCAUCCCCCAAGUCAUGGGGAUGAUUGGCAGCACGCACAUUCCCAUCACCCCGCUCCGCGACUGCAUACAAGAUUACAUGAACCGGAAAGAAUGGCCUUCAUUAGUGCUGCAAGCUUUGGUGGAUGAUAAGUUGAGGUUUCGGGACAUUAGCUGUAUUGCUCCGGGUACCACACAAGAAGAGGUGGUGCUGAGACAGUCUGCUCUCUACGCCAACUCGCAUUUAUUGCCAGAGUGUCCAAUGGAAAUCUCUGGGAUUGAGGUCCCGCUGCAGAUUUUGGGUGAUGCUGCCACACCUUUGCUGCCAUGGCUUGUGAAGGGUUUCUCAGUUGAAAACCCCACCCCAGAGGAAGCCUUCUUCAACAAGCACAUUUCGAACGCACGUUCCGUUGUGGACUGUGCAUUUGGGCGUCUCAAAGCUCGUUGGAAAAUUCUGUUGAAGAGGAUGGAGGUGAAUCCUACCUUUGUGCCACACGUUGUUGCCACCUGCUGCCUGCUUCACAACCUGUGCGAGGAGCAUCACGAAGUUUUCAGGCAGCAGUGGAUGGAAGAUGUGGAAGAAGCAGAAGGCGAGCUUCCACAACCAGAGUCUCUGCCAAAUAGACCUUCUGCAGAUGAGAUUACUGAUGUGCGUGAUGCACUUUGCAGAUUCUUGGCAACCAGUCCUGAGUUUACAUACAGUCUUCACAGACAAUAGCUACAUUAUGAAUCUCGCAGUCUCGCGACUGAUUUUACUUGUUUCUUAUUUGUGUUGUUUUGAAGGGCAUUUCUCAAUUUAGCACACUGCUGGAUGAUGCCUAUUGGUGAUGAAAGUUAUUUCCCAAGGUUAUGUGUUAGAACGUCGAUUAGGAUUCAUUGACAUUGCUAAAAAUAACUGCAAGACAGCUGAGUUUUGAUAACCAUGCUGCCUUUCAAAGGUUGAUUCUGUUGGUGGUGUGUAGAACACCAGCCACUCCCAUUGUGAGUGGUGUGAUUGUGCCGAGUGCAAGGGGCAUGCUAUAUAUGGUUCAAUCACAAUUCAGGAAAUGUGCCCCUUGCCUGCGUACUGAAAUGAUUAAGAUGAAACAAGUGCUUGGUUCAGUUGUUGGUCACCCCUGGUUCAGAUGAAUAUACAAGGGCGGCAGAGUUUGACAGCAUUCCAUCCUUAAUUUGACCACGGGAAUUUAAGAUAAUUCCCUAUUUCAAUUGUAUGAAGUGCACGGUGACAAUCACUUUGUACAAUGUAGGUAGGGUAAAAGUGAGAGUGAAUAGUAUUCUAUUUUUGUUGUGAUUUAUAAAUACAGGCUUUUUUAUGGAUAACAUUCCAAUUUGCAGUUUACAGUUAUAAAACAUUAAAUAAAUGUCACCAUUUAAUUUUAAAGCAUGAACAUGGUUUAAAAAUAUAUAUAUUUCUACAUAUCUGUAUUUUAUGUUAUCAGGAAUAAAUGCACAGUCUCUUUUACAUACUUGGGAAAAAAUAUUACAAUAAAAGCGAGGAAAUCUUUAAUAAAACUGACUACAGAUUUAGUGGUGCAUUUGACACUAUACUUUUAAAUUGGCAUGUGAGCCUUACUGGCAAGGUCUGAUCACAUCUGCUGCACAUGCACACAUUCCCACGGGCCUAUGCCAGAUGUAUUUUCCAUGGUUUUCAAGACCAGCAGAGAUACCUACUCACUUAAUUCCGUUGCACAAAUGGGCACGACUUCAUCAAAAAAAAUGUAAAUUUGUAUACAAAAGCUUGAUUGCCUUAAUUUGUUAUCGGCUUAGAAUAUACAAUUUUCCAACAAAUAGGUUGAGUGUAUUUUUUAUAUGUAGCAGAAUAACUUAUUUGAUUAAAAUGUAAUGCUAUUUCAGAUACUUAUGGUAUAGCAAACGGUGAUAUAAUUUUUUCAGAAUUCUUGAAUGUUGCAAGAAUAUUGAAGUAAAGUUAAACUAAACAAUUGAUAUAGGUAGUGCAGUUGUAAAUGUUGAGUUUACUGUGUUAUUUCAAAUAGGUCAUGUGAAUAUUAAGGGAUAACUGUCCAUGCAUUUUAGACUUUGUAAAGUUAUGAAAUGUGUUUUUGCAAAGGUACUGUGGAUUUUGAUUUCUUCAUGCCUUAAAUCAUGCAAGUGUUUUGAAAGAUAAACCUUUGCAGUAUUUCGUUUUUUUGACUAAAUUGUUACAUGUAGAUUCAUUUGAAAUUUUAAGUCCUGUAUACUGACGAGAGGAAUAAUGCUGCAUCGAUUCAGAUAGAUUAUUAAGCUCUUACUAAGUAUAUAGAAAUGUGUGUUUAAAGAUUCAAUGUUUUAGUCGAUAUUUUUUUUGUUAAUGUAUCACAUGACCCGUCCAGCAUUAAGGACAGCUAAAUGUACCACAAUAUAAAGCUUCAAUUGAAUCUGGAAUUUAAUCGCAACGAUGAAUUGGUGACACUUAACACCCCUAACAAUGACUGGUUUAUUUUUUAUUCUACAUUACGUCUGUGAAUAUAUGUUUUUGCCAUCGUGGUAUCAGAUUACAAUGUCAGGCAGAACAUUUACUGUAAAAAAAAAAUAGAACAAGUCUUUAUCGCAUGAAUAAGUGACUUGUGGAGAAUUGUUGACAUGGUCUUGCAUUGAUCCUUACCAGGCCAACGUGUGCACUUAAUCAUGUAAACCAAGUGAAAAAAAAUCCGUGCUACUGCAGUUGUAAACUUUGUCAAACUGAUUGGUGCUUUUGGUCAACCUGAUUGGUGCUUUUUUUCGUGAUGGCAGCGACUUAAAAAAAGGUGAAGCACAUUAUACUGUGAAUCAAUGUCUUGUGCAUUUGGGCGUAUAAAGUAUGUGUAUUGAAAAGUUCAUUUUAAUAAACACCUUUGUGUACA